GCCACAGAGGGCCGGUCCCUCCUUCUCCCCCUUAGGGCCUGGCCCACCUGCCCCCCAGCCCCAUCCCGAGGGCCGGCCUGGAGGCGGCGGGAUGGCUGUCCCCCGGGGUGCCCUCUGAACCACCCCCCCCCACCAUGUUUCCCAGCCCCGCCGGGACCCCCACGCCCUUCUCGGUCAAGGACAUCCUCAAUCUAGAACGGCAGCAGGCCGAGCCCGGAGGCCUGGCCGGCCUGGACCUGUCUCCGCGGCCGGACCCGCCGCCGUCGCCCUCCUCCUGCAUGCUGUCCUCCUUCAAGCCCGAGGCGUUGGCAGCCCAGGGCCCGACCCCCGCCCCAGCCCUCGCCCUCUCCCAGCCGGGACCCCCGCCGCGCCCCUCGCCGGCCUUCCCGCCCUCCUUCUACGCCAAGAGCUUCGCCGGGAUGGACUCGGCCCAGGGACCACGGGCGGCCCCCAAAGGCCGGGGGUCGGAGUCGGAGGCCCCGGGGAGGCCCGGAGACCCUCGGCGGCGGCGGGGUCGUCGGAAGCCCCGGGUGCUCUUCUCGCAGGCGCAGGUCUUCGAGCUGGAGCGGCGCUUCAAGGAGCAGCGGUACCUGUCGGCGGCCGAGCGGGACCAGCUGGCCUCGGCCCUGCGGCUCACCCCCACGCAGGUCAAGAUCUGGUUCCAGAACAGGAGGUACAAGUGCAAGAGGCAGCGGCAGGACCAGAGCCUGGAGCUGGUGGGCAUCCCACCGGCCCGGAGGGUCGCCGUGCCGGUCCUGCUCAGGGACGGCGACCCCGGGCCCGCCUACGGCCUAGGCCUCGGCCCCUACGGCUUCGACGGCUACCCGCCCUGUCCGGCCUACGGAGGCUACGGCUGCCCCUCCGGCCCGGGCCCCGGCCCCGGCCCCGGCCCGGGCCCCGGACAGGCGGGACAGGCCUCGGCACUGACCGCCGCCUUCGGGAGCUUUGGCGUCGGGGAUUUCAAUCCGGGCCCCGCCUCACGGCCGCAGAGCAACGCCGCCCUGUCCACCCUGCCCGGGAUCCGAGCCUGGUAGCGGGAGCCGUCGAGGAUGGCCCCCCGGAGGGACGAGUGGACGGAGGGACGGGUAGACGGGUGGACGGAGGGACUGGAGGACGAGUCGUUGGAGGGACGGGUGGACGGCUGGACGGCUGGACGGCUGGGCGGAGGGAUGGAUGGACGAGUCGACGGAGGGACGGAUGGACGGAGGGACGGGUGGACGGAGGGAUGGAUGGACGAGCGGACUGAGGGACGGGUGGACGGAUGGACAGGUGGAAGGAGGGACGGGUGGACGGGUGGACGGGUAAACGGAUGGACGGGUGGGCGGAUGGACCAGUGGAUAGAGGGACAGAGGAGACGGGUGGGUGGAGGUAUGGAUGGACGGGUGGACAGAGGGACGGAGGGAUAGAGGGACGGAUGGACAGGUGGACGGCUGGACGGAGGGAUGGGUGGACGGAUGGAUGAGCGGACGGGUGGACAGAGGGACGGUGGACGGCUGGACGGAGGAACGGAGGGACGGAUGGACCGACGGGCGGACGGACGGAUUCCCGCGGCCCCCGGCGACGGCGCGACACCGGUCAUCGCCGGUCAACGGGGCCGGGCCCGGCAGGCCCGGACAGUGACAAGCUAGCCACGGCAGGAGGCCGCCAGCCACCCGCCCCGAGCCCCCGCCGGACCCCGGGACAGUCCACCCCGAUGACUUCCCCUCCCCGCCCCUGGCCGAUCAUCGCGAAAAAGGCCGGGCCGGGUGUCCAGGGGUCGGGGUCACCCGCUCGGACCCUCCGGCCACCGGCGGGGACUUGGACUCCCUUCUGCGAGAGGCGGGAGGCUCCGCAAGCUGUACGCGGGGGAGGGAUGCGGGAUGGUCAUUAAAGAGAGCGGCCGCCC